AUGUCGGCCAGUAUGGACCAUGCGAUGAUGACUCUGUCGAUGGAGGAAGAAGAGAUUCCGUUCGAUAUGCCAGAUCUUUUGGAUUACUGUUCAUCUGAAGAUAACGUUCAGAGUAUAAUAGGUAGGCUGUCAAACCCGGAGUGUCAAAAGAUGUAUGAGCAUGAGAUUGAAAUGAUUCUGAAAAAAGGAGUCCAUACGUACAACGAGUGGGCUCUUGCUAUUGACUGCUGGAUGGCGAAACCCCCUGCUGACUAUCUUCAGUUCAUCCCAGUCUGGAUCCAGCUUCGUCAGAUACCGGUUAAUUACUAUACUAGUAAGGCCAUCACAGCGCUGGGAGACCUUGUUGGUAAGGUCAUUGAAGUUGCUUUUGAUCCGACCAAAAGCCAGAGUCUCGGCUUUGUCAGGGUGAGUGUUCUGUUUGAUGUUUCCCGUCCUAUCAGACUUUUGAAAGUGGUCAAUCUCCCUGGUGGUGGGUCUGCAAUGAAGGGCUUCGCUGCGCUUUCAAUCUCUUCGGAUAUUAAAUUCUUAAAAGAAGAUAACCCUCUCUUUGGAGUCAUUGAAAAAAGGCAAGUAGUUUUGAAUCCUGCAAACGAAAGGCCUAGAAUUGCUAAAGAGGUUCUAUAUGGUAUGAGGCAAUACCUGUUGGUUGCUAAUGGAGAUGAAAGAGUCACUAGGGAGGCAAGAAUCAGGUCUUCUUUGGCUGACAUUGAAGGGGAUUUGUUUGCUCAAAAGUCGUUGCUGAGUCUUGAGCCGAUUCUAGUGGUCUCAAAGAAUGUUUGUCCGACGGUUUUCAGAACACCCUUCUCGGAGGCUAGCUCAUCCGGGAUUAACCUGAUGAAAACGAAAUCAAGGAGAAGACCUUCCAAGCUCAGCGCCUGCAAUAUGUCUGAGUUUCCGAGACAUGGAAAUGGUCUCACUUGGGGAGGUUCGAGAGGUGAUACAUAUGUCCAAUGUAGGCUUCAUAUGUGCUUCGGAAACCAAGCUUGGCUUCAGUAA